CUCUAGCAGCCUGCAACAAAAGCUGCUCCCAGUUUACAACUUGCCCCACGAGGAAGGGGAUGAGUCAGGUUUGGAACUUUUGGAGCCACGACUUUGGCAAACUGUUGAGUUUUUUGGGGUCUUUUGCCAGCUUUCAGGACCAAGUGUGUUACGGCUUGUGCUAGUGAUGAAGGUGACUUGUUUGAAGUUUGCAGUCAUGUCAAAGGUGAAGGAUUAUACCUGGCGCAGGAAUUUUGGUCUUCAGUUUAAGGACUUUUUGAGCAGCAUGUGAGUGUUUUUGUCCUUUAAUGCAUCUUUGGGGAUAGAGUGCCAUGCUAUUCCUCAGCAGUGGGACGGUGGACGCUACCGUUGGGCAUCAAACCACAUUUCACAUCCCUCUGGCUCUGAAGGAAACCCAGGGUAAUGCUCCGGUGUCCGAGCUAGGAAUGGGCUGGGUCACGCAAACCCUGGUAGACGGUUGCCAACCAGGAGAGGAGCUAAUCGUGCCAAUGGAGGACUUUCCUAUCCUUUGUAGGACACCCCAGGACCUCGACAGGUGGCCAUCCUUGAGAGCUGGGAGUCUACGCCCAGAGGUGGUUGUGGAGGAAAAUGAGGAGGAGGAGGUAGAGGUGAAAAUGAGGACUGACGCGUUUAUGAGACGGCCCUUCAAGAUAUCAGGUAACUCAUCAGAGCGAAGUAGUAGCACCCAGGAGGAGUGUAUUGCGGGUUCGCAGCAGUACCACGUCAACGUCUACGCCACAGGGCUCGCGUUUGGCGGCCAUGGCGCCCUCACAGGACACACGCUGCCUCGGGCAGUGCUGCGGAGGUCCCAUCAGGAUGGAGCCUCGCUGGGCAGGAGGAUUAUGAGUAUGUAUGGCGAACCAGAGGAGCAGCAACAAGAUUCUCAACCUGAACGCCUCCGGAGACCGAGGAGCGUGUGCAUGCUGGCAGGCCCCGGCCCGGUCCUGGUGGAGCAGCGCAACCAAAACUCCCUGAAAAGGACCGGUGAGGUGGAAGGCAGCCAGUUGUACAGGAGCAGGAAAGCUGAGCUGAGGGUUGUGGACGGUCUCAAUCUCGUUGCGCUUCAGCGGGCCCCAGUUCCCGCAGAGGUGAUCCCCAGGGUUUGCCACAGAAGCGUGAAGACGAGGCCGCUUAGCAUGACCGUGCUGGAGCUGAGAAAAAGGGCCUCUGAUGAUGACAUAAGCAGGCAGCAGAGCAGAAACCACACAGGCCUGGACGCAGGGAACUUUCUUAAAGGAGCUUUCCGUUGGAGGCUGUUUGGUAAAAGUGUUCAGGAUAAAAACAGGGAGAGCGACGGAGACAAAUGUGUGAAAUCGUCUCCCAUAAUCAAAUCAGAUCCUCCAAAAAGUACACUGAGCUCAUUGAGACGCAGUCUCAGCAUGCGCAUCCGUAGGACUCGGCCCAGAGACAAAGUCACUACAGGAUCCGAGGGAGAUCCGAAGGAAAGCUGUCAAAGCAAACCGGCAAUGCCGCCUCAGCCUUUCUCCUACCUCACGGGGAGAACGCUGCCUUCUUCCGCCGAGCAAAUAGAGGACACCGGGGGCAUGCAGUACAUUCAGUACCGCAGCAGGGGCAAAGUCAAGGUGAUGGAGGUCCCCCUGUGCCCAGCAAAACUAGCUAAACCAGCUCAAGAGGAGCCCAGCUUGUGGCAGCUCAUCGCUAACCGCUUCAGGAGGAAAGAGCAGCCUGGCAGCGUAAAAUGCGGAGCGAAAGACACAGGCCUGCAUGUGCUGACUCGGAAUAAUAAGUCACUGCCCGUCGCCAUAGAGACACUGGCCGACAACGAGUCCCAUAAAGGUCAAGACUCUUUUGUCAAUAGCCAAGAAUGGACGCUGAGCCGGUCUGUGCCAGAACUGAAAGUGGGUAUUGUGGGAAAUCUCUCCAGUGGCAAGUCCGCUUUAGUCCACCGCUACUUGACAGGCACGUACGUGCAGGAGGAGUCUCCCGAAGGUGGGCGCUUCAAGAAAGAGAUUGUGGUGGACGGGCAGAGCUAUCUUCUACUAAUCAGAGAUGAAGGAGGGCCUCCAGAGCUACAGUUUGCAGCAUGGGUGGACGCGGUGGUCUUUGUCUUCAGCCUGGAGGAUGAGAUCAGCUUCCAGACGGUCUACAACUACUUCUUGCGUCUGUCCAGCUACAGGAACACAGCCGAGGUGCCCAUGGUCCUCGUGGGGACACAAGAUGCAAUCAGUGCCGCCAACCCCAGAGUGAUCGACGACUCGCGGGCCAGAAAGUUGUCCAAUGACCUGAAGCGCUGCACAUACUACGAGACCUGCUCCACCUACGGCCUCAACGUGGAGAGAGUCUUUCAGGAUGUGGCCCAGAAGGUGGUGGCCAUGAGGAAAAAGCAGCAGCUCUCCAUCGGCCCGUGCAAAUCACUGCCCAACUCACCCAGCCACUCGUCCGUCCCCGCCGCCUCCAUCCCCUCCGUUCACAUUAACCAGGCGGCGAACGGCGGGUGCGCGUUCAGCGACUACUCCUCCUCCGUCCCGUCCACCCCCAGCAUAAGCCAGCGGGAGAUGCGCAUAGAGACCAUCGCUGCCUCCAACACGCCCACGCCCAUCCGCAAGCAGUCCAAGCGGCGCUCCAACAUUUUCACAUCGCGGAAAGCCAGUGAACAAGCAAAGAGCGUUGAGAGUAAGACAGACAGCAUAGGCAGUGGAAGGGCCAUUCCCAUCAAACAGGGAAUCCUCCUGAAGCGAAGUGGCAAAUCCCUCAACAAGGAGUGGAAGAAGAAAUACGUCACCCUGUGCGAUAACGGCGUCCUCACUUAUCACCCCAGCUUACACGACUACAUGCAGAAUGUGCACGGAAAGGAAAUCGACCUUCUCCGGACCACGGUCAAAGUUCCCGGCAAGCGACCCCCGAGAGCGGUGGCCACGGUAGCCCCCACCGCAAGCCCCAAGACCAACGGGCUCACCAAGGACCGCAGCGCUCUGCAGCUGGGCAUCGGGAGCACAGGCGCUCCUCACUCCAACAGCAGCACGUCUCUUCAGACGGGCGCGUCCGUAUUUGCAGGCAGCAAAGACGGGAUGCACCAGCGCUCCUUCUCCGUGUCCAGUGCUGACCAGUGGAACGACGCCAUCAACACCAGCACGAGCAGCGCGCCACCUAAUGGAACAAGUGACCAGACCAGUUGCGGUGCGGGCAGCGCCACCAGUCCAAAGCUUGAGCCGCCUCCAUCGCCACACGCCAACCGCAAGAAACACAGACGGAAAAAGAGCACGGGCAUCACCAAGCCAGAUGGUUUAUCCGCAGGCAACGAAGAACAAGAGGAUUCCUUCGAGUUCAUCAUCGUCUCGUUGACCGGACAGACGUGGAACUUUGAAGCAUCCACGUACGAGGAGCGUGAGCUUUGGGUGCAGGCCAUCGAGAGUCAAAUCUUUGCUAGUCUGCAGUCUUGUGAGAGCAUCAAGAACAAGUCUCGAUUAGGCAGCCAAAGCGAUGCCAUGGCCAUUCAAUCCAUACGGAACGUGAGGGGAAACAGCUUCUGUGUGGACUGCGAUGCACCAAAUCCAGACUGGGCCAGUCUGAACCUGGGCGCCCUGAUGUGCAUCGAGUGUUCAGGCAUCCACAGGAACCUGGGCACUCAUCUGUCUCGCGUGCGCUCGCUGGACCUGGACGACUGGCCUGUGGAGCUCAGCAUGGUGAUGACGGCCAUCGGGAACGCCAUGGCCAACAGUAUUUGGGAGGGGGCCCUGGAGGGCUACAGCAGGCCUGGAAGCGACAGCACCAGGGAGGAGAAGGAGCGCUGGAUCCGCGCCAAAUACGAGCAGAAGCUCUUCCUGGUGGGCCUGCCCCAGUCCGACGUGCCCUUGGGCCAGCAGCUCCUGCGGGCGGUGGUGGAGGACGACCUGAGGCUGGUGGUGGUCCUGCUGGCUCACGGCACCAAGGAGGAGGUCAACGAGACGUACGGCGACGGCGACGGACGCACGGCGCUGCAUCUCUCCUGCGCCAUGGCCAACGUGGUCAUCACACAGCUGCUCAUCUGGUACGGCGUGGACGUGAAAAGCCGGGACGCCCGCGGCCAGACGCCGCUGUCCUACGGCAGGCGAGCCGGCAGCCAGGAGUGCGCCGACAUCUUGCUCCAACACGGCUGCCCCAACGACGCCGGCGGUCUGACGUCGACGCCCGCAGGAGGAAACAUCAGCAACCGCAACGCCAACCCCAACAUCAACAACAACGCUCAGUGCGAGCUGAACCGCAGCAUCAGCAUCAUGUAGACUAACUCCGCCCCCUCGUCUCCACGAUGGACUUUUUCUUCUUGGUCUUGGAGCUUUAAAUGUUGUUUUUUUUUCCCUUUCACCUCCAUGUAACUAAUCGUGCGCCAGGAGAAUGAAACGCUCCGAAUAACGACAACAAACACUCAGCAAAUAAUGGCGAGGUGAAUAAAGGAGGUGAUUGGAAGGAAGGCGACGACCGUCCUCGACGUAACGCGCACGUGACCGACUGAAGGAAUGAAGACGCCGCCGAUGUUUUAUGGCCACGCCGUAGCCUCUUCAAUCACCACUCAUUCACACUUGAUUGAGAGCGUCGGUUUGGUGUCAUUACCACGUCUUUGUCGCCAGACGCCACUUUGUGUGAUGACAGUGAGUCCCAUGUACAAGUGAGUGACCUCAUCAGCUGUGUAUUUUUAGCCUCAUUAAAACCCAACGUAAGCCCCUCCUCUUUGCGUCCGCGCCACCUUUCCUGUCAGCCUGCGAAGCAAAAAGAUGCGUUGGAGUGACUCCAGAUGAGACGUUCAGGUGCAAACGAAGCCAAUGUUGAAUUUUUACAUUUUUUUUGUUGAGUUUUGAAGGCGGAGGCCACAAAGUUCACACUGUGACCAAUUUGUGCUUUUUCCUCCGCGUUCACCGGCCUUUCGUGAGGGUUACCGUGGCGACUGUUCUUUAACGCACAACACAAUUCUUUUGUCUAGUUUGCUAAUCAAGAACAACUUUUUUAUUAUUAUUUCAUCACUAAGGGAGGAAUUUAGUAGGAUUUUGGACAAAAAUGUAAAGUUUGGGCGAUUUAAACAAAAGGAAAAAAAAAAUUUUUGCGUUUGCUUACGUUAUCUGUUGGAUGAAUGCAGCUGAGAUAGGCUCCAGCACCCCCCGCGAGCCCUGAAAGGGACAAGCGGUAGAAAAUGGAUGGAUGGAUGAAAAGCACGUAUCACGUUUCUGUCUUCAAUUAUAGAAAUUAUUGUAUGCUACAAACUAUUUUUGGUAAGAAAUGUAAGUUCAUAUGGUUUUUGUACAUCUGGAUUUUAAACUUUUUAUUUGGAUUACAUUUGUUUCCCCAAAAAAAAUGUUUAAUGCUGAAAUGUUUUCACGUAAAAAUAUAUUUUUUUGUCAAAUUUCAUUUCGGCUGUUUUUAUUUAGAAAAACAAUUUGGAAUUGAAUUUUUUUUUUCUCCAAACAGCAAAGCAUUUUGUAUCCUGAACACUGUUCAUUGAAGAGUAAGUCAUUUUUAUAUAGCGCUUUUUCUCUAAUGACUCGAAGCGCUUUACAGUGUGGAACCCAUUAUCUAGAGGUUGAACUACAAUUAGGCCAGUGUGGGUGACGUGUCUUGCCCAAGGACACAACGGCAGUGACUAGGAUGGCAAAAGCUUGAUUCAAACCAGGAAGUUUUCUGGCCGGCCGCUCUACCACCUGAGCCAUCUCUUCUUGAAAAACAAUUUUUUUUGGGGAAAAAAAUGUAAGAUACAAAAAUCGUCUAAAUUUUAAAAAAUGUAUUUGGAUCCUUGUUCUUGCUCACAAAAAAAUGUUGAAACAGAAAAUUUUAAUUCCAGAUUUUUUUUUACGGAUUAACAAAUCCAUUUUUUAACAGAACAUUAAGGAGCUGAAAAUCUAAUAUUUGCAUUGUGUAACAUAACGCUGGCACCUUUAUUGUUGUUUUAUCUUGAAAAACUAUUGUGGAAAAUAUAUAAGUUAAAAAAAAAUGUUUAUCUGAAUUUUCAACUUUUUAUUAGGAUUUUUUUUUUCUUUUUGUCUGAAAACAACUUUGGAACUGAAAUAAUAAUUGUAGAAUUUUUUUCAAAUAGAAAUUUCAUUUUUCUCAUCUUUUUUUUUAUAUAAAAAUAUAUUUUUGGAUCUGUUUUUGUUUUUUUCCUUCUAAGAAUUCAACUUUUUUGAACAAAACACAAAAUUACAUUUCCAAAAUGGUCAUUCUAUUUCCAAUUCUUAAAUGCAAAUCAAAAAACACAUUUCAGACCAUUUUUCCUCUUUUCAUUUCUGAAACAAAAGUUGGACAACUGUUUAAUGACACUUUUUAAAAGGACAAUAGAACUCCCGCUGAACAAAGAUGUUAGCGUUAUGCUAAAAACAUGCUAAACGUGAAGGAAAAGCUAAAAUACUGCUUCCGGUUCAAUUUGUCUCACACACAUAAACACGCAUUUUUGCAUUUUGGAUGAACAUAUAUUAGAUUUUUGUGUUUAUCUGGAAAAAAUAAAAUCCAUAAAAGGAAAACAUCUCAAAAUCCAGUUUCAAGGCAAUAUUUUAAUGAAAAUCAACUCUCUUUUUGUUUGUUUUAAAAUCUGCCGUAUAUAAUAAAAAAAAGAAAAACGGCCCUAAUUUAGUUUUUUUUAUUUACGUUUCAGAUUUUGAAAUAGAAUGUACGGAAGGUACACGGACCACAGAUGUUAGUGUUAUGCUAAAAACAUGCUAAACGUGAAGGAAAAGCUAAAAUACUGCUUCCGGUUCAAUUUUUCAUCACACAGAUAAACACACAUUUUUGAAUUUUGGAUGAACAUUUAUUCUAUUUUUGUGUUUAUCUGGAAAAAUACAAUCCAUAAAAGGAAAACAGCACAAAAUCUAAUUUUAUGGCAAUAUUUUAAUGAAAAUCAACCACAAUCUGCCAUAUAUAACAAAAAUUUAAAAACUGCCCUAAUUUUGUUUUUUGAUUUGCGUUGCAGAAUUGGAAAUAGAAUGAACGGAAUGAGUACGGACCCAAAAUGUUUUGUUUUUUGGUUAAAAGUUAUAUAAAUAAAUAUUUAUCUCAAAUAAGCCUACCGCCCGAAUGGAGCUGAGAUAGGCUCCAGCACCCCUCGCAACCCCAAAAGGGACAAACAGUAGAAAAUGGAUGGAUGGAAGUUUUCUUUUCAUAUUAAAAAAAUGGUCUAUCCAUCCCAUCCAUUUUAUACCGCUUGUCCCUUUUGGGUCUAAUUUUUGAUUAUUUAAUUUUUUUUAUGCAGAGCGUUUUAUCUUGACAGUUUCAUAUCUGAAAACUGAAAUUCCAAGAUAGAUGUUUUCUUAUUGUCCAAACCGAACCAUUUUAGUCCGAUGAAUUAUUUCCUUUCUUGGCCAAAUCAACAUUUUGUGACUGAAUUUGAAAGUGAAAUAAGUUCUUAAACAAACCCUCUUGAUAAAAGUGACGAUGCGUGCUUUUUUUCCAUCGGACCGCAGUGAUAACAAGCAGGUUUGUUUCCAAAGACCCAAACAGGCCAUGGGGUGACUUGGUCAUUUCAGCAAACUGCUGCUUUAACCGUGACUUUAAUGUCUCACAAGCAGAACUGAGGAGACUUUAGUCAGGGAACGUUCCCACAAAGAUUCCAUGUUUGCAGCCACGGACUCCAGCAGAUUGCAUUGUUAGACGUACUGUAACUUUGUACUGUAAUACUGGCCUUAUUGUUAUUUAGGACUUGUUUAUUCCAAAUAGUGUAGUCAGCGUAUUUGUCCCCCCUCAACAUUGAAGUCUUGUAAAUAUUUGAUGGAACAAAACUGCUUUUGGCUCAAAAAGCCUCUUGAACCACAAGCCAUAUUUUCAUAUGUUGCUUUUGUUUGUUUCUCCAUUUCUGUUUGGAACGGUACUCGCCAUGUUUUGGCCCCAACACGGCCAUCUUUGCUACUUGUGUAUAAUGAUGUACAUUUGACAUAUUUAUAAUGCAGUAUGUAAAUAUUUUUUAUUUGGGUUCGUUUCUUGUUGAUUUUUCUUAUUUCUUUAUGACGUUGAAGCAAAAAGCUAAAGAGUAAAACUUGUUGUGUGCUUGGCUGACUGUUGACUCAUUAAUAAACAUUCAAUAAAACCAUGCAGCCUUCCCCUCCUUCAGGGGAAAACAAGUACUGCACGCUA